AUGAGUAUAAUGAAGCUGAUCGGGUAUUGCAAACGUAAAGCGCUUGAAGCGGAUGACAAAAGGCAAAGCGCACUCUACACAUUCACUGGGGGGUAUCGUGAUGCAACAACACCGUGUGUAGGUCGGGACAUGAAUAAAACGCCCACUAGUGCGAAACAAAGUCAGCAAGUAGCACAAUUACUUACAAGUAUAUUAAGGAGGAGACAUUGGGAAAGCAAAGUAAGAUUUGUAUAUCAUAAACCAAAAGGGGCGAAAGCGAGAUUUUCUAAACAGUCAGGGAUCACAACACCAGACAAUACCAUGGAUACCAUAGCUACAAUUUGUUUGUUGGUAUGUGUGACCUUGACCUAUGGAAAAGACUUCUCGAAUAUGGCUGAGAAUGAUGAAUAUAAAAUGUUCGGGAGGAACCUAUUGAUGCACCUCCUUAAGAAGGAGACAAGGACAUCCGUAGAUAGGGAAGAGAAAACCAGAUUUGCGUCUGAACUGGAAUCACUCGAUGAUGUUCUCGAGACCACCAAGAGAAAGAAUCAGAUCUUCGAGAGUAACUUGGAGUUCAUUCGCAGACACAAUCUCGAGGCAGCUAUUGGCAAACAUACAUACACUCUUGGUGUCAAUGAGUUUUCUGACAUGACUCACGAUGAGUUUAAACGACGAUACCUUGGCUACAAGAUGCCCAAAGACGUCAGAGAGAGCGCUGCUACCUACAUACAUACGAGCACAUCAAAACGGAACAUUCGUGACACGUUGGACUGGAGGGAGGAGGGAUUGGUCACUCCUGUCAAAAAUCAGGGACAAUGUGGAUCCGACUGGGCUUUUUCAGCCACUGGCGCUCUUGAGGGACAGCAUUUUAGGAAAACGGGCCAGCUUGUCUCUCUCUCAGAACAGAACCUGAUCGACUGCACUAAGAGCUAUGGUAACCAGGGUUGUCAUGGAGGUUGGAUGGACGAUGCUUUCAAAUACAUCAGAGAUAACAAAGGUAUCGACACUGAAGUUGGCUACCCUUAUUAUGCACGUGAUCUCGGAUAUUGUUAUUACAAUGCUCAGUAUAAUGCAGCUACCGACAAAGGAUUUGUAGAUAUUAAGGAAGGAGAUGAAGACGCCCUGUUAAAUGCAGUCGCAACAAUUGGACCAAUCUCUGCAGCUAUUGAUGCUAAACAACCUUCUUUCAUGUCUUAUCAAUCUGGGGUGUAUUAUGAACCGAAUUGCGGUUCCAACAUGGAAAACCUGGAUCAUGCAGUUUUGGUAGUGGGCUAUGGCAGCCAGUUUGGCACUGACUACUGGCUUGUGAAGAACAGCUGGGGCGCACAUUGGGGAGAUCAAGGUUACAUCAAGAUGGCCCGUAAUAGAGGAAACCAAUGUGGGAUCGCAACGAAGGCCAGUUACCCUCUGUUCUCAAACAAAAUGCCACGAGUUUUAUCUGCAGCUCAACGUUUCCUAGGGAUUGGAGUAAAAUCAGCAAGAUUUGCGUCAUGUACAAGAUCACUCUCGAUCCUUUCAGAAGAUAUCUUAAAGACAGACGUAAAGGAGUGGAGGAAUGAUACUGUAGUCUUUUCAUGGCAAGGGGAGGACCACCGACCAAUAACAAGAGCUCUUGACAUCAAAGAGGGUUCAACUAUAUUCAGUAUAGCAUCAGCAGGAUACAAUCCUUCAAUGCUGCUUUUAGAUAACCCAGCCAAAGUGAUUAUCGCCGACAUCGACCCAACACAGGUUGCAUGGUGUAUGUUAUACUUCAGUGCCAUCAAGCAUCUUUCUUACGAGGAGUUCAGAGGGUUGGUCGGGUUUGGUGAAGGGAGUGCGACCACACCGGACGAAAGAGGUAGAAUUUAUGACAGUCUCAGACGUUCAUUACCAGACAAGGCGCUGAAAUACUGGGACGGCCAUCGAAAUGCAGUGAUCAAGUCUGGAAUGUAUAGAUUUGGGCAUUACAUUCGGGUCUGGGGUCUGGAAAGGUUUGCCCCGAUAGCGCAUAGCCAGGAAACAUUGGAUAAGUUCCUGAGCAUUAGUGAUAUCGAAGAACAACGAGUAUUUUUCGAAGAGCAAUGGAACACAUGGCGUUGGCGACGUGCAUUUACAGAAGCCCAUCUCAAUAUAUCUCCUUUUAUAUAUUACCCCUACUGGGAUUUUCUGCCCAAACUUGCACCACUGUGGUUGAAUAAUUUCCGAGAGAUCUGCUUGAACGUGCCUAAUAUGGACAAUCCUCAGAUCGAAAUGCACUUAACUGCUAAGAUUUCGGGCAAAUAUUCCAUUCCUGAUUUCUGGAAACCAGAGAAUUUUAUCCCAAUUCGAGAGCGCCUUGAUGCAUUUGAAUUGGUUCACGCCGAUGCCAAUGAAUAUUUCAGAACUACGACGGAAACGUUUGACGGUUUCGUUCUUUCAAAUGUCGGAGACGCCUUCAAUAAAGUAGAGCACGAUGAUUGGGUUUCCUCUGCAAUCAAGCGAGGAAAACCCGGAAGUAGGAUCACAUAUCUCUCCGUAGUUGGAACCGAUAAAGGAUGGCCAGAUGGUGAUAAGGGCAGAAUACACAUAGAGCAAGAGUUGUCCGAAGAUCUGAUGAAUGGAACCGAACGAGGUUUCUUAUGGGAUCAUUUGCACAUUGCUACAAUAAAAUAAACUAAAAAGCUACAAGGCGAUAAAACUGCAAUAACUGUGAAUUUGCAAAUGUGGUUCUUUUAUUACAGGCCUCCUUACACCAUUACACAAGCGCAUCCAUUAAAGGCAGAAUCAGAUUCAUAGGAGGUGACAAAAUUGCAGGCAACAUAUACAAUUGGCCUUCUGAUCCAUUCAUUAUGAUAUCAAAUACAUUAUCUUCCAAAAUUUCUGCAAUAUGGAGUAUUUACUUUUCAUGAGAGUGUGUGGGGUUUAAGUUAGACAUUUGAAUUUCGUAUUGGGUUUUAGGAUAAAUAAUAGUCUUGGGCUUAUUUAAUUUGGCCUCGGACAUACCCAAUACCCGUACCUUAUCCGUAACAUAAUUUCGGUCCAUAAUUUUGCCUAGCAAUGACCUAGCAACAGCAUAUAAAUCGAAUUAGUGAUAUCGAAAAAUGGGAGAGAGGAGAAUGAAAGAAAAUCUAAAAUUUGGAUAAUGUUAUCAUCACAAUUCUGUCCCCAUAGUUUUUGCAACUCCAUAAGACCAGAUUCCCCUUUGGAUAGCUCAAUGUUAACAGUGUUAACAUUGAAUAGGGUUCUUUAAACAUAGUGCUAAGUGAACAUUUUCGAAAAUAAACACGAUAUUAAAGAAACAUACAUAUAAAGAGAACGUUCUGCAAUAUAACACUAGCUUGUACUGAUGUGGG